AUGUUGAUGAUGACUUGUUUCGAGACUAGAUGUUAAACCGGUUUGUUGUUGGUUGUAACUACGAUUCUUUGCGAGGGUUGACCUCUCUCUCUCUUUUUGGCUUUCCUCCUGGUUCUUACUCUCCUUUCUCGCAGUGUCUUUCUAUCUACCUUUCUACAAUAACCACAACAUUUAGUGUUGUGGUUGCUGCUGCUCAUCACCAUCGCCACCAUCAGAGCUUUCCAUGUCACUUUGUGUUAUUCCUAGUUGUGUAAAGUCCUUUUUGGUAUCUUCUUUGAUGAUUGUUCAAAAAAUUUGCUUUUAAUGAUCCUGUUUGGUUGCUAUUUAUCAUCCUUUCUCGCCACUUUGGAUUAAUUCUUUCAUCUAACCAGCUAACCAUGUUACCAUUAUCCUGGUAUUGACUUGCUGUUGAUGGAAAUAUAUUUAAUAACCAAUGAUUCCGCUGGAUAAUAUUGCUCCAAGUAGCCACCAUCCUUGGUCAUCUCAUCUGUUGUUCAACCAUCUAUUGCUGUUCAGCUGAAAGGGAAACAAAAGAGAAACAUUUAAGCAACAAAGUUCUUCCAUAAUCAUCGUAAACAUCAAAACUCAUCAUCGACAUCUUCAACAUCGUUUUCCUAUCUACCUUGAGAGUUAGUGAAAAGAAACACUGGGGAAAGAAAGAGAGGGAGAGAUAAAGAGAGAGGAGAGUGAGUAAGGAAUAGAAAAGAGAAAAAAAAAGUCAAGCAAAAAAGACCAUGAAUAUGCUGAAGUGUUUUUAGUGGGUGCGGGUUACUGCUUCAUGUUACAGUUAAAAACACCAAUAUUUAAAACAUCUUUUUAAUAUCGAUGCGAUUAAAUAAUCUAUUGUAAAGUGUUACCUUCAACUUCAACGUAAUUGACAAUUAUCAAAGCUAAAGAAAAUUUAAAAGACAACAACUUACCUUUUUAUUUUCAUCUGUUUUACCUCACUCCAGUAAAACGUUGUAAAGUGUCUUUAUAUAUAUUUUUUUGUUGCCUUCCAAUUUGUGAAUGUGUGAUCAACUUUAAUAUCAUCAUCAAUUUAACCAUAUUAGUAGAACAACAAAUCAAGUUAAAAAUCAACGUAACCAUGUAAUUGUUGCUGUUGCCAUUAUUGAAAUAUAAGAAGAACAAGAGAAGGAAAAGUUUAUUUCUUUUACGUAUACAUAUUGGUUUUUGCAAUCCAAUGGAAAUAUAAAAGAAAGGAAUUAACUAUUAAUGUUUAACCGUCAACUCAUUAAUUUUUUACACUAACUCUAAAGUUAAUGGAUGUUAUCAAAGGCAGACUUCUUGACCAUACGUAGCUGUGUUGACCGUUGCUGUUACCACACUGUUGCCCACCUGAUGAGUCUGUUGCUGUUGUUUAUUUUUGGAUUACCUUUGGAGAAAUUUUUUUAGUUGUUUUGUUUUAUUUUUACAUAUUUUUGUCUACUUCUGUUGUUAUUUACAAUCCUUUACCAUUACUCAAUCUGUACACUGGUAAUAUUUUUUGUUUUGUUUUCCUGGUACAUAAAUUUGGAUUUAUUUUGGCAAAGAAGGACUUCUACCAAUAUUUAGAGAAGGCAAUUAUAGGAUUUCAACAAUGCUUCGAUUUUUAUCCAAACGUUUUGGAAGAAGUUUUCGUCGUCGAUCUAAAUCAGCUCAAAUUGGAACAGCCACACCUAAUACUGAUGAAAAUGAUCAACCAACAAUUACCAUUAAUCCAGCAGGUUUUACCGGAAAUUUUAGUCAAAAAAAUUAUAUUCAUUGCAAGAUAAUACUUUUAGAUGGUAACAAUUUAACUGCGUAUGUUCACAAGAAGGCCAAAGGAGACGAGCUAUUCAAUGGUGUUACCGAUCAUCUUGAUUUAAAAACGGAAUUUGAUUAUUUUGGUUUACAAUAUACAGAUACAACAUCGGUUCAACAUUGGCUUGAUCUUACCAAAUUGGUUAAAAAACAAGUUACCAUUGGACCUCCUUAUACCCUUCACAUGAGAGUUAAAUUCUAUUCAUCUGACCCAAAUGGAUUAAAGGAUGAAUAUGUUCGUUACCUGUUUUUCCUGCAGCUCAAACAAGACCUAGUAACAGGAAAAUUACCUUGUGAUAAACCAACCACGGCUAAAUUAGCAGCUCUAGCCUUACAGUCAGAGUUUGGGGAAUAUGAACCUGAUUGUCAUGAUAUUGGUUUUGUCUCAGAAUUUCGUUUUGUUCCCGAGCAAGAUGAAAGUUUAGAAGAGAUGAUUUUGGAAGAAUGGAAGCAACUCAGACCUAAACCGUCCGAGUUUUAUUUUCAGAAAAUAAUAAAAGGCUUAAAAUCUGUUUAAUUGGUUUCAACAGAGGAAUGAAACAGAAGAAAGAAGAAGAAGGAGAAGAAAGCGAUUUAGAAGAGGAUUCAGUGGAAGAUUCAGAAGACUUGAAAAGAGGAAAGACCAAUGAAGAAAGAAACUGUUUACCCGAGGAAAAGUUGAAAAUGUUGAUUGCCUGUUGAGUUGAUGAUCAACUCAUGUUAAUAUUAACCCUCCCCUAAAAAUGAUCCUCAUCAUUAUCAGUGAAAGUUUCAAAAUGUUGACUUCUCUUCAGAUAAAUUUUCCUCAGCUAUUAACCCUUACUUAAGAUGAAAAAGAGUAGAUAGAAUCAUGUUUUCUUCCACCCAACAACAACAACAACUUUCUCCAAUGAUAUUAAUCAGUUUUGAUUGUUAACAAGAAACCUAAAAGCGACACAAAUCCAAUGCUUAUUGAACCAAAAACCAACUUUCACCUUGAUCAACAGAAUCCUCAUGAGAAGAGUAAUUUCAUGUUGGAUAGUUUUUUCAGAUGACAUUUUUUUUCAUUUCAUUUUUGUUCACCAGCUUUUUAUACAUCUUUUCAUAUAUUGUAUUUAUAUUGUUUAGUUGAGUCGUUUUUGUCAUUCACAGUUGCAAUUAUUAUCAUUAUGACUAUUUAUGUUGUUGUUAUUAUUUUCAUUUCUCAUUAUUAGCAGAACUAUUAUUAUGUUGAUUAUUUGAAGUCGCAAGUCUCAUUGUUAACAAUCAAUAUAUUAAGAGUCUCUCAUUGCUCCUGAUAAUUGUCAUGUCAAGGUUUCUUUCGAUUUCACUUACCUGUUGAGUUUAUAUAAGAGAUACAAUAGUUUUCCAUCUACAUAGAGUUUAAUGAGUCCUGUAACAUUUCGAUUCACUUGAGUAAUUUUUUAUUCAAAAAAUUACCUUUUCUACCUAUUCCCUCUUCCUCUCCCACUUUCCCCGUCUCUGCAGCCUCUAUUAAAUAAACUUGCCCUAAAUCUCAA